AUGGCGGCACUUGAGGAGCCUGAAGCUGCUGCCGUCGUCGAACUGCAAAGAGAAGCGCCCGACGGGAAAACGGUUGGGGGGCUCCAGAGUUGGCACGAAGGAGAUCCCGCAGGCAGGCGUCACUUCCUCAAAGAAGAAGCCGAGGAGGGGAGGGAGGAUCAGGCGCUCUCAUUAGAGAUCAACUCGGCUAUUUCACGUCGGCUAGUUGCCGAGGGAUCCCUUUUGUUUGAUGUUGCAACAGCUGAAGCUCGUGCUCAUGUCCCAAGGUUUAAUACUUGCCGGGCAAGUGCUGCAAGCAAAAUCGUCAUGGUGGAAUCUGACCAUAUGGAGGCCCUCAAGGUUAUGCAUCAGGAGGCGAUUCUACCAGACAUGAGUGCGACGACGGUCUAUGAGGAGUGUCCGUUUCGUUGUCUCAAUUUUGUCCAACUAAUAUUAGUCCUUGUUCUAAGGAUACUAAUAUGGCAGCGCGUGUCUUAA